AUGAGCCCGAGGAAAUUUCGUCCAAGCGCUUACCAAGUUUGCAUAAAGAUCUUGAAAGCGAAGCAUUUGCCCCAAAAUGCAAAUCCUAUGGUCGUGGUUAAAGUGGGCAAUCGGAGGAAAAAGACCGUGGUUCGAGAAAGAACCGAUUCGCCUAUUUACAACGAUUAUUUCGUGUUCGACUUUUUAUGUAGCCUAGAUGAACUAUUGAGCACUAAAAUCAUGAUUGCCGUGUAUUUAAAAAGCUAUCUACGCUUUAAAUUUCAUGGAAGAUCGAGCUUCGAAGUUGCGCUCGUUUGGGAUCAACCAGAUCGUCAAUAUUAUCACAAAUGGGCGAUGUUGACGAACCCAAAGGAUCUCUCUGCCGGACCGAAAGGUUACGUGAAAUGCAAUAUCGCAAUUAAUGUAAAAGGGGAGAAACUGAGAGUGCUUCCGGACACAGAGGGCGAGGACGAUAUUGAGGGGAACCUCUUGUUACCCGUUGGCGGUGAAUUUCUCCCUUUCAGACAGCGUGCCUGUUACAUUUUCACGAUUUAUCGGGCAGAUGGUUUACCAGAUAUGAGCAGUCUCUGUGUGAAAAACGAUUUCGAAAAUGUUAACCCUUUCGUUCAGAUAUCGUUCGCUGGCAUGAAGAGAAGCUUAUGGAGGACGGAAGAAUAUUACCUGGUGGCCAUACUGUACGACGUGAGCAUGAUCGAUCGGCGAAAAUUUUGGCUGAAAUCAAUAAGCUUCGAGGUUAGCCUCGGGAACGCUGGCAACAAACAAUUUCCUCGUAGCCAAUGCUUCGAGGACAAUAACGACGGUAUUCGAUUCACAUCAGGAAACCGACCGCCAGACCGUAGACCGGACUUCGAGAGUCAAACCGUGCCACGAUCGACUGGUUCGUUAGAUGGCAAAUAUAAUUACAUGCCAGUUGGCUCGAGGAAACUGUGCCUCUAUGUCAAAUCUUGGUGGCCGAAUAUCCAGUGGAGGAUGCACAACAGUAACAGCCUGGCUUUCAUCGCUCAUUUCCUCGAGCAGAAGUUGGAGAAACUGGAGGGCAUGGUGGCGCUGGGGAACACGGACGCUUACAAAUUCUACAACCAGACGAUUCGUACCACGAGGAGUCACUGCAUCCGGUAUUUGCAUACGUUAGACCAGGGACGAUACGACGACGAGGGUGGCACCACGAAGCUCGAUCGCCAUCGCGUGAACCUCUGCCGUAAAGAGAUCGAGAACGUCCUGAAGAGGAUCAAGAUCAACGGGGAACUUCCGAGCAAUCACUACACGAGGAUCGCGAUGGCGCAUGCGUAUCAGUAUUUGGCCAAAGUGAAGAAACUAAGGGAGGAUCCCCAGCAUAGCUUGCCAGACGUUUUCAUUUGGAUGAUGGCCGGCUCGAAACGGGCUGCAUACGCGCGAUUUCCAGCUGACAGGAUCAUAUAUUCGAAAGAGACGACCGAGAUAGGACCGAUGUGCGGUCGAAAGAUGGACGUAUUCCUGAGUAAUCCGAAGGACGAGGAAGGGGCUGAUUAUGUGGCUUGCAAAGUAGAAAUGUACCUCUGGCUAGGGAACGCUGAACACGUAGCCGCCUGCUGGUCCUCGAUUCCACCUGGAUACAAGGUGGAUCACGAAAGGAGCAUCGACUCGUUCCCGAAGUACUUCGAGUACACUUCUUCCACGGCAUUCCAACUACGUGCUCACGUGUUCCAAGGUCGUUUUGAUCCUGGCAUGGAUGCAUCCGGCUUAUUGGAUCCGAUCGUACGCGUCGCGUUUCACGGUUACACGGCUGACACCAGAGUUAUUAAACAGACACUCGACCCGUUCUGGGACCAAACUUUGAUACUGCCUCCCAGAACCGUGUACGGAACGAAGGAGUACAUCAAAUCGAAUCCUCCAAAGAUCAUUCUGCAAGUGUACGAUCAAGAUGUAUGCGGCAUCAUGGAGUUCUGCGGUAGAUGCACAGCCAUGCCAUUAGUUAAACUCGCGGAGGAAACUUACUCGCCGCCUGAUUUCCCUCCGAAACUUGAGUGGUACAAAUUUAAAUCGCAAAGGGAUUCCAGCGGCUCCGUACUGGCUGCCUUCGAGCUUAUAGAGACAAAAGAGGAUGAUAUUGUGGACAGACCUAUAGACCCCUCAACGUUGGACGUUAUUUACAACAUACCGGAAGACAUCAGGCCGAAAAUGACGAGUUACAGGCUCGAAGUUAUAUUUUGGGGCGUGAGGGACGUGAGGAAGAUAAAUUACGUGCCGGUGUUAAAGCCUCGCAUUGUUGUAGAGUGUGCUGGGGUCCACGUUAAGUCAGAGGUGAUGGAGAAUGCCAAGAGAUUCAGCAAUUACGAUAAACCUCAUAUUGUCGUCGACUUGGAAAUGCCCGAGUUAGAUAUCUACUACCCCUCCGUCACGAUAAAAGCAUACGACUCACGAGGAUUUGGCUGUUUCAAGCAUAUUGGAAUUGCCAUCAUACCUAGUGUUCACGUGUUCAUGGAGCAAUUAAUAACAGAGGAGGAUUAUGACAAGCACAUACACGGGAUUAAACCGUUUUUCAAGCCUCCCUGGACGAAAAGACAGUCUGCUACUAUUUUACCUCUGCCCGCCGAAUACGAUCCAUCGAAGGAGGACGAGAACAAGGAACUGAUUCCGUACAAGAAAAUGGCCGGAAAGACCUCGAUGAUAAAAAGGAUCCUGCAGUCCCUGAGGAACCUUUUCUCACGGCUAUUUUGCAAAAGAGAGACGAAGAAAGAAAAUAGGAAAAUCCAAUGUCAGAGUGAGGACGAAUCUCUCGAUUGGUGGAGCAAAUAUUUCGCUUCCUUGGAGGGACAGAUUUGUGUCUAUCGUUGGCCACAUCCGAGCAACCAGCCCUGCAAGACGAGAAACGGAAGAAACGUGGCCAAUGGUCUGUGCAUAGAUUAUCCACAUUCAGAGCCAGUCAAAGUUCUAGUCCGACUUUACGUCGUGAAAGGCGUCAACUUGCAGCCUAACGAUCCCCUCAGCGGAAAGUCUGACCCGUAUCUUUGCGUUCGCCUCGGGAAAAUGUACAUCAACGACAAGAAGAAUUAUAUACCGAACCAGUUAAAUCCCACCUUUGGCCGGUAUACUUUAAUUUCGUUGACGGCCUGUCGCAUUUUCUACGACACAUUAUAAUUCUUUCAUCCACUUUUUCCCUGGAAAUUGCUACCUUUUGACAGGGCCCUUUCAAACGCCAUUCAUUUUUAUAAUUUCCUGACUGAGAGAAGCCAUUAAAAUUUAUGCUUCAUGAUCGACAGGCUCUUCGAGAUAGACGCCACUUUCCCCAAAGAUUACCUGAUGACCGUUCAAGUGUGGGACUACGACGCCACCUCGAAUGACGAUCUGAUAGGCGAGACGAAGAUCGACCUGGAGAAUCGAUUCUACAGCAGACAUCGUGCUACGUGUGGUAUGUCGAGGAUCUAUAACGUGGAGGGCUACAAUAGGUGGAGGGAUCGCGAGAAACCGACGCAGAUACUGGAACAACUCUGCAAGAGGAGCAAUCUGCCUUUGCCAGAGUAUGAAAGCGAUUAUGUACAAAUUGGACGAAAAAAAUUCCUCUUUGACGACGACGAGAUAGAAACAGACAGGGAAGAAUGCAUGGCGUUGAACGGGCUUCAUCAGUGGCAAGAUUUUCCAAUUUGCGGCUGCGCCCUGGUACCAGAGCACAUCGAAAGACGACCGCUUUUCAACGUCGCCAGACCUGGAUUGGAGCAGGGUAAAUUGGAACUUUGGGUCGACAUGUUCCAAUCUGACGAGAUUCCUCCGAAACCGCCUGUGGACAUCAGUCCGCCUGUGCCCGAGGAGUAUGAAAUUCGCGUGGUCGUUUGGAACACCGAAGAUAUACCCCUCGUCGACAGUCAAUUUCUCACCGGGGAAAAGUGCUCGGACAUUUAUGUGAAAGGCUGGAUUGUUUACGACGAUUACCAAAAGACCGAUAUCCAUUACAACUCGCUGAACGGUGAGGGCAACUUCAACUGGCGUUUCGUGUUUCGCGUAACAUAUUCGAAGGGUGAGCGUGUUAUGAUCGUACGUAAGAAAAUAUCCGUCUUCGCCAGAAGCGAGACCGAGGACAAACUGCCGUGUAAAUUGCAUCUACAAGUCUGGGAUAGCGAUCAUUUCUCUCCGGAUGACUUUCUCGGUGCAUUGACACUGGAUCUGUCCAGAAUGCCCAGAGGAAGCGGGAAUUCUAAAAACUGCACUCUCAAACUGCUCGACCCAAGCUUGCCUACCAUCGAUCUCUUCAAAAUAACACGGAUUAAAGCGUGGUGGCCAUUUGAACGAAGCGUGAACGCUGUUCAACGCGUACAAGCGGGCAAAGUCGAACUGGAAAUGUCAAUAUCGCCAGCGGAGGAGGCUGACGAGCAACCGGCGGGCAAAGGAAGAGAUUCGCCACAAAGUCUUCCACCUCCCAACCGACCGGACACUUCGUUCUCUUGGUUCCGGAAUCCGUGGAAAGCUUGCCGUUUCGUGGUCUGCCGUUACUACAAAUGGCGGAUAAUAUGCUGCUUCACUUGUAUACUGUUGGUGUUGCUGGCUGCAUGCGCGAUCUACGCGUUCCCUGGUUACCUAGUGAAACGUCUUCUCGGUGCUUGA